CGCGGACCAGAACUGGGCCAUCCGCGCCAUCGAGACCCUCUCGGGUAAAGUGGAAUUGCAUGGGAAAAUCAUGGAAGUUGAUUACUCAGUCUCUAAAAAGCUCAGGAGCAGAAAAAUUCAGAUUAGAAACAUCCCUCCUCACCUGCAGUGGGAGGUCUUGGAUGGACUUUUGGCUCAGUAUGGGACAGUGGAGAAUGUCGAACAAGUCAACACAGACACAGAAACUGCCGUUGUCAACGUCACAUAUUCAACAAGAGAAGAAGCAAAAACAGCCAUCGAGAAGCUGAGCGGGCAUCAGUUUGAGAACUAUUCCUUCAAGAUUUCCUACAUCCCGGAUGAAGAGGUGAGCUCCCCUCCGCCCCCUCAGCGAGCCCAGCGUGGGGACCACUCUUCCAGGGAGCAAGGCCACGCCCCUGGGGGCUCUUCUCAGGCCAGACAGAUUGAUUUCCCGCUUCGGAUCCUGGUCCCCACCCAGUUUGUUGGUGCCAUCAUCGGAAAGGAGGGCUUGACCAUAAAGAACAUCACUAAGCAGACCCAGUCCCGGGUGGACAUCCAUAGGAAGGAAAACUCUGGGGCCGCGGAGAAGCCCGUCACCAUCCACGCCACCCCAGAGGGGACCUCGGAAGCGUGCCGCAUGAUUCUUGAAAUCAUGCAUAAGGAGGCUGAUGAGACCAAAAUUUUGAAUAUAUCAUCCCACUCCCUCCUGGCCUGCAAAAUUUCUGCCGAGAAAUCCACCGAUAAUAUGGAAACUCCUAGAACCGAAGAGAUUCCUCUGAAAAUCUUGGCCCACAAUGGCUUGGUUGGAAGACUUAUUGGAAAAGAAGGCAGAAAUUUGAAGAAAAUUGAACAUGAAACUGGGACCAAGAUAACAAUUUCAUCCUUGCAGGAUUUGAGCAUAUACAACCCUGAAAGAACCAUCACUGUGAAGGGCACAGUCGAGGCCUGUGCCAGUGCUGAGAUGGAGAUUAUGAAGAAGCUACGUGAGGCCUUUGAAAAUGACAUGCUGGCUGUAAAUCAACAAGCCAACCUGAUCCCGGGGUUGAACCUCAGCGCACUUGGCAUCUUUUCAACAGGAUUAUCUGUGCUGCCUCCACACGCGGGGCCCCGAGGACCUCCUCCUCCUCCUCCCCCCUACCACCCGUUCGCUAGCCACUCCGGAUACUUCUCCAGCCUGUACCCCCCUCACCAGUUCAGCCCGUUCCCGCAUCAUCACUCCUACCCGGAGCAGGAGAUCGUGAAUCUCUUCAUCCCAACCCAGGCCGUGGGGGCCAUCAUCGGGAAGAAGGGCGCGCACAUCAAGCAGCUGGCUCGGUUUGCGGGCGCCUCCAUCAAGAUUGCCCCAGCGGAAGGCCCCGACGUCAGCGAAAGGAUGGUCAUCAUCACCGGACCGCCAGAAGCCCAGUUCAAGGCUCAGGGGCGGAUCUUUGGGAAACUGAAAGAAGAAAACUUCUUUAACCCCAAAGAGGAGGUGAAGCUGGAAGCCCACAUCAGAGUGCCCUCUUCCACUGCUGGCCGGGUGAUCGGCAAGGGCGGCAAAACCGUGAAUGAACUGCAGAACCUAACCAGCGCAGAAGUCAUCGUGCCUCGUGACCAAACGCCGGAUGAAAACGAGGAAGUGAUCGUCAGAAUUAUUGGGCAUUUCUUUGCGAGCCAGACCGCACAGCGCAAGAUCAGGGAAAUCGUACAACAGGUGAAGCAGCAGGAGCAGAAAUACCCUCAGGGAGUCGCCUCACAGCGCAGCAAGUGAGGCUCCCACAGGCACCAGCAAAACAACGGAUGAAUGUAGCCCUUCCAACACCUGACAUCACGAGACCAAACACAGCCAGCCAGAUCGGGAGCAAACCAAAGACCAUCCUGAGGAAUGAGAAGUCUGCGGAGGCACAAGGGCUCUGCAGAGGCCCUGAGGACCUGGUGGCCAGGAGAAGGGUUUGGGGGAGGCCGGCGGCUCACGGCCCAGCCUCCCGCCUCCCCGGGCCUCUGCAGGCUGCCCAGCCAUCCACUUCACCGCCCACUCGGAUCUCUCCGUAACUCCCACCACGCUAUCCCUUUUAGUUGAACUAACAUAGGUGAAGGUGUUCAAAGCAAAGCAAAAUUCACUUUCCUUUUGUGGAAAAUUGUCUCUGUACAUGUGUGUACAUAUUAGAAGGGGAAAGAUGUUAAGAUAUGUGGCCUGUGGGUUACACAGGGUGCCUGCGGCGUUAAUAUAUUUUAGAAAUAAUAUAUCAAAUAACUCAACUAACUCCAAUUCUUAAUCAAGUAUUAAUUUUUUUUCUUUUUAAAGAGAAAUCAGGCUUUUCUAGACGUUAAAGAAUCAAGUCAUUCUUUGGGAGGUCUAAUGGUUUAAUAAGGAGCUUCAAGGCCACCCACACAAAUCCACCCAGAGGGAAAUCUGGUCAGGACACUCGCGGCAGCUCCGGGUCACCUGUGUACGUCAACAGAAGGGAUACCGUCUUCAUCCCUGUCGAGCUCACACCCAUUUCUCUCUGCUUCACGGGUUUUAAACUGGUUUUUGCAUACCGCUCUAUGUCUGUCUCUGUUUAUCCCUCCCCGUCCAUCCUCCCUCCCCUCCUUCUCCACACCCAUCCUUUUAGUCCCCACACCCCCUGCCUCAGUCCCACUCUCUAUGCACCCCCAGGCAAAGCAGUGCUCUGAGUAUCACAUCACACAGAAGGAACAAAAGCAAACACACAAACCAGCCUCAACUGACACUUGAACAGAACAAGAGUCAAUGGUACUUGUCCUAGCUUUUCGGAAGAGGAAACAGGAACCCAUCGAACCAACCAAAACAAAGAAAAACCCCCGCAAAGAAAGAGUAUAUUUUGUCUUUUUUACAUUUUGGUGUAUAAGCCAUCCAUUUUCAGCAAAAUGAUUUCUUUCUUUUGAAAAAAAAAAAAUGUGGAAGAAAAUAGCAAUUUACAUGAGGUCGUUGGCCCAGGGCGUUAAAUUUACAGAUUUUUUUUAAAAGAGAAAAACACACAAAAAAAGCUACCUCAGGUGUUUUUUACCUCAGCACCUUGCUCUUGUGUUUCCCUUAGAGAUUUUGUAAAACUGAUAGGAGCAUUUUUUUAUUUUUUUAAUAAAAAUGAGUUGGAAAAAAAAUACAAUAUCAGCUGCCAGCCCGGAGAAGGUGACGGUCCAAGUGUGCGCCACCCGCUGUGCGUCGCCUUCCGCCAGCCAGGAGCCCACGUGGCCUUCUUUUGGACAAACCUUGAAAACGUUUAUUAAAAAAGAAAGAUGACCAAGAGACACAGAGAAGAUGUUGGAGAUGUCCUGAAUCUCACUAGGGUACGUGCCAUUAGGGCUUUUGCGCUAAAGGAUGGACAUGUACUGGUUUCUGUGAACAAGCCAUUUUACCAUCAGACUGCAAUGCCAGUUUCCUCUACUGCAAACAGUGUUCUGUGACAAAAACAAAAACAAACAAACAAAAAAAAGAAAUAUAUCCAGCUAACAAGA